UUUAUUCCGAUUUUGUUAAAAUUUUAAGUUUUUCAUAAUGUUUUUAUUUAUAUUUUUAAUCCUCACGUUAUGUGCGGUGAAUGCAAAUAACGCAUCUUCUCAAGAGAGAUGGGUAGCGACAAGAAAGAAUUUAGUCUUCGAAGAUUCGAGACGCCAAGAUCCGGUUAAAUUACUUAAUCGAAAAUCCAGGCGCACGGUCCAAGGGGAAGAUUAUUAUUAUGCUCCCGGCAAUGUCACCCGGAUAACAAUAUCCGGAAUACAGGCAUACAGGUCCGCGUUGACGCUGGACUGGCUGGCAGCUGAGGAUACGCGUCAGCGGGAGCUGGUGGCUGCUUACGAGACGGAGCCGUCCGCGCCGGCUAGGAUCAUCACCACGGAAUGUAUUAAUUACCCGAGACCCUCGUCUGGGAAGGUGGGGAAGUUGAUGCUGGAAUUGCUCAAGAAUCUAGAAGGAGACGAUGGCGUACUAGUACCAGAAUUGAUCCAUGUGCUUGUACGAACAAAGCUACUAGUGGAGACGUCGAUGUUGGACUCGGAGCCUGACCUUGAAUCCCUGGUGAAGACUCCGAUGAUGAUGAUGGGGGAGCCCCACAUAACCUUCCCUAGAAUCCUGGCCAUUGUGUGGAUGUUGGUAACUGAUACCAGCACGACUAGAAAUAAUGGAUGGUGCCCACUUUUAAAAGUUAACAAGUACCUGAUGUCUACCAAACCGACAGACAUCGCGAAACAUUUGCGCGUACUUGAGCCCGUGAUAGCGCGAGCGAGGUUUAUUAUGGAAGAGUUCAUACAAAAUGUGACACCGCUCAACAUGUUUCAGAAGCAAACAGAAGAAAUUACUCCUUUAAAUGACUUCGAUACUACGCCCAAGGAAUUGCCGGCUAAUGAGAGGGGUGAUAUUUUGGCAAAACUGCCACGAUCCAGCGGCGAAGAAAUGGAGCAAUCAGAAGAUCAAGAUCAGCCCGAGCUGCCCAGUCUAGAACCGGAAUACCCCAGUUCUCCAGUGUUAGACCAGGCCCAGCAAAUUGGAUACGGCCAAGAUGAAAUCGAAGGGGAAACUAAGAGUAAUGCGGUUGCUAUAUAUGGAUUGACACCACUAUUGGUUUUGGUUUACGCUUUACUAUGAUGGUCUUGCAGUGUUCUUAAUAAAAUGUUUGGUUUUGAAUUU